AUGAUGAUUACCAUCUGGGGCUAUCUGUGCUCGCGGAUCAGAGAGAGACUACGGAGCUAUGGACAUUGGUGUGUCAAAGCGGAUCCGUUUCUCAGAUGGCGGGAACUUCCAACUGUACUUCAACAGGAUGUUGAAUUUGCUCGCAGCGUAGUGCAUCUACUUCGUGAUCCUUACCCAAUAAUGGCUGCUCUGCCAGAGCUCAGGAAGGAUCGCCAAUUGUGGGAAAACAUUGUUACCCAUAGGUUGCAUAACCGCAGCUGGCAUUGCCUUCCAAGUGAACUACGAGAGGAUGUUGAAUUUGCUCGCAGAGUAGUACAUCUUCUAAAGGAUCCUUCUCCAGCAUUACAAGCACUGCGAGAGCUCAGGGAGGAUCGUGAGGUGUGGGAAAACAUUAUCAAGAACAUGUCAGGAUACCGCUGGGUUACUGGCCAUGAAAAGAGCAAGCUUGCAGACUUUGCACCACACCAUAUUCGCAAGGACAGAGAGCUUAUGACAAAGGCAGGUGUGAAAAAUGGCUACAGUAUCCAUGCAUUUAGGACGUGGCAUGAUCUGACGGAAAUCUCCCUCCUGGCAGAUAACACGUUCUUUGCCAAUGUUGUUCAGUGCACCAUAAUGUGGCACGACCCAGAUGCUGAAGAUCUAUACCUUUCCUUAUUGCUGUUUCGAGUUGCCACUGGCGCAAACAAGGCAAUGAUAGCAACAAAUGACAAAGCUACAUGGUUAAUGGCGCGGGAAGUGUUGAAGGCUAGCUUUCGAUAUUUGGUCAAAUACAAGGUUCGUCAUGACUUCUGGUUUGUCCUACACCGCGAUAUGGCUAUUGCAUGGUUUGAGACAGGCUUGCCAUUCAAACACAACCACCCACAAGCAUUCAGAAGUCACAGAGAGUUUUUCCUCCUGAUUGCAGAGCACUGUUUCUCCUUUAAUGAGAAGCAGGAGUCCUUUGCCAAGUGGUGCAACAAAGAGCUCCUCCAGGACAAGGAUUUUAUGGUGGAAGUGAUCAAAAGGGAUCCACUUCUCUACAUGUCCAAGUUUUUCAAACUGUCUGAUGAUUUUGACCUGGCUGUCCAAGUAAUUUGCAGCCUUUCCAUGGAGGAUCAUAUCUCGUAUUGGCAAAAUAGAAGGGGAUUCUUGCAACAGUUACAACAUCACUUGAAAACACGGCUUGAUGAACACAAGUCUUUUUGUCAUGUCGCAAGUUGGGGAGAGUCCCGAUUCACUCAUCUGGACAAACAUCUGCGGAACAAGAUUGGUGAAUAUCUAGACCAAGCAAAAGGAGCCGAGCAAUACCAAUUGAGACAACGAGCACACCAUCAGUUGGCAAGUUUCCUCCAUCAAUGUGAGAUUGAAAGUAAAGAGCGAAAUGGCUUGCUUGCUUAUUUUAUGCCCUGGCUAGCUACUAAGAAGGAAAUGUGA